AACCACUGGCAUCACCACAAUGUGUCACUUUAUCAAGGAAUAUACAUCAUAUAUAGUUGCAGGGUCCCUUUGUUUGCAUGAGUGAACAAUGAGUGAGUACUUCAUACACCACUGGCAUCACCAUAAUGUGUCAUAUUUUCAAGGAACAUACGUCGUAUAUAGUUGCAGGGUCCCUUUGUACGUCAUCAUAUUUACCUGUUGUGUACUGCCUUUUCCGGGGGCGGAGUCUCCAAGCUCCAUUUAGGCGUUCAGUACUACGCGGAGCUUAAGCAGCAAUCCAACACGCAAAGCUUUUCCCGUUGUUUAUGAUCGAACUUGCCCCCUAAUUUUUCUCUGCAGAAGGCGCGUAUUUAUGUGCGCUUCGAUCGGUGGGACUGGAAGCCGUUCGACACCGUCCGGUGGUCAUACGCGCGACUCUUCGCUCCUUUCCCGUCCGGGAAAUGACGCGCUGAACCCCGCACGAGAUGAAGCGACUUUGGAUGACUUUUUUGGCAGUUUCUCGCCCCCCAAAAUAACGAGGCAAGAGAUAUUAAAGGACACCUUCGCCAUGAGUGGACGCGCUCGACCUCCUGCGACUUGUGCAGAGCGCGCGGACGCCAGCGAUGUGACAGCAGCUCAGGGUUAAAUAUUCUAACACGUUAUCAUCCUCUGCUAACUCGGUCAAGAGUCGAGGCGAGGAUGCCCCGCAGUUGAAGGAGCGGGAGUACAAGUGGAAUAAAUAGAGCAAAGAUAGUGGACCUUCAGCCGGCACUCUGACAGGACAGUAGCCCAAUUCGGAUGACUCCUGUCGGCGUGAUGUUCAUCCUCUUCCCGGUGUGCUGUCUGCUCCCCGGAACCUGGGCAGCCACUGUGAGCGGACUCCAAUACACUGUUUUAGAUCGUCGAGUGUUUGGGGCCGUGGCCAACUUCAGCACAUUCCUACUGGAUCCCACGUCGGGCGUCCUCUUCAUGGGUGCAAGGGAUACCAUAGUGGUGGUAGACACCAACAAGCUUAAUGAACCACCACGCAUGGUGAUUUGGAAUGUGCCGCAGGAGAGCAGGAAUACUUGCAUGACUAAAGGAAAGACGGAGGGUGACUGCCGCAACUACAUCCUGCUGUUGGAGUUCCACUCUGACGGACGGCACAUUUACGUGUGCGGCACCUAUGCCUUCGACCCCAAAUGUGCCUUCCUGGAGAAGUCCUCCCUAACCCUGGAGAAGGAUGCCGAUGGGCACGUGACUAUGGAAAUGGGGAGGAAGAAGGUCCCCUUUGACCCUAGGAAGCCGUUCUCGGCCGUUAUGACGGAUGACGCGCUGUACGCCGCCACCUCCAUCAAUUUCCGCGGGACGGAGUUCGAUAUCACCCGGGCGACGGGUCCGGAGCAGAAGCAGAUCCGAAGCGAGCAAAAAGUUCACUGGCUGGACGAACCCGAAUUUGUAAGCUCAGCGUUCGUGGAGCUGUCGACCGACAACAACGUCGCGGGGGAGGACGACCGGAUUUUCUUCUUUUUUAACGAGGCGGCUAUGGAAUACAAUUUCUAUUCCAAAGUCCGGGUGCCCAGAGUGGCACGAGUGUGUCGGUCGGACGUGGGCGGUCUCAGGACUCUGCAGCAGCACUGGACCACUUUCCUCAAGGCCGAGCUGGUGUGCGAGGACAAACUCCGACAUCAGCGCUUUGACGUCUUGGUGGACGUUUUCACCUUGCGACAUUCCCCGCAAGAAGCCGGGAGCACGCACUUUUAUGGACUUUUCACCACACAGUGGGAACCUGAGCAGUCGGCGGUGUGCGUUUUCGGCGCAUCGGACAUCAUCAGAGCAAUGAACGGCCCGUUUAAGAAGCGCAAUGACAAAACGGACACGCCCACUCCGGUGGGCUUGCCGAGGCCUGGUCAGUGUCUGAACAAUGCGCUGAAGGCAGAGGGCUACGACUCCUCCCUGAAAAUCCCUGACAACCUCUUGGCAUACGUGAGGAACCAUCCCCUCAUGCAGCAGAGUGUUAACGCCGCACCCUUGCUGGUCAGGAAAGGAGUCACGUACACCAAGCUGGCUGUCACGCUGAUAGGCCGUAGAGAAGGCCAAAGGGAAGCGAUGCUGCAUCUCGGAACAGACUUUGGAGAGCUCCAUCAGGUGGCGGUAAUAGACGAGAAAGCCACUUUACUCCGUGAGAUUCCUUUAUUUGAGCCAACAGAGCCAGUCAACAAUAUUUUGCUGCACAGAGGUUGGGCUUUGGUGGGCACUCCCCAGUCUCUAGCUCGCCUCCGGUCUGAAGAUUGCACGCUCUAUUCAAGCUGUAAAUUGUGCGCCCGAUUUGGAGAACUGGGCUGCGAGUGGGCCGCGAGCGAGGAGCGAUGCGUUCGCUCGACGUCGGCGCCUAGCGAUGGAGAUGUAAUAGAAGAAGCGUUAAGAAAAUGCGACUCCCAGGAAGAUCGCUGCUCGCCAUCCAUCAAGGAGCUGCGCGUGUCUUUGGGUCUGCAACUCCUGUUGCCCUGCGCUCAGCUGUCUCCCAGGCCCUGUAGCUGGGAGCACCCACCUAACAGUCUCACCAAGCAGCGCCACCCCGACCUAGAGGUGACCGUCACCCGAGACGGACUGGGAAGUUACAUCUGUGCGUGCCAGGAAGGACAAAUCCACGACCCCACUCCUUGCCGCCGAGCCGUCUAUCAGCUGACGUUGGAAGAUCCCACGACCGCGGGGGCCGUGGUGGGGUGCGCCCGUCACGUGGUAGCCUUCUACAUCCUCUCCUUCUUGGGGGGUUUGCUGUUCGGGGCGGCGCUCCUCUACUUUGUCAAAUGUCGACAACUAAGCGGUCCGCGAGAAGGGAUAGGGCGGGACUUACUGGGAUCCUCCGCCAGACAGCAGCCGGGAUUCCGUCUGACGGACAAACGCAACGGGAUCGCUUCCAAGGCCGCCGACGCGGGCCAAGUCGGGAAGCUGGGUAACGGCGGUCACCGCGGCAACAGCGCGAGCGCCGCCAACGCCAAGGCCAGAAACGGAAGCGGGAACGCCUCGUACGCCAACUACAACAUUUUAUCCGCAGACGUGCUGGACGGACGGACUGCCGGGAGGGAGGCGCGGGCUCCCCGAGGGGGCGAGGGGGAGUCUGCGGAAGGGGCCGAGAUGGACGAGGGUCUGGGGGAAGGGAUAACCGGACUGGAGGAAGAGUUUGCCAGCUUUCCCAUGUUUAAGACGCCGGCGCCCCUCGCUCCGUGUGAAGAAAGCUCCAUUUGAGAAGCCAUAUUGACACCCCCAAACUUGUCACUGCCUUUGGAUGGCGUCGUGAAGAGAUUCUCGAAAACGUCAAUCGUGUGCAAUCGGAGCGUGGCAGAAGGACACAAAGACAUGCCACACAAGCCAUACAAUCCUUCAUACUGUUGUCCUCCAAAGAGCGUUGCACUACAAAUACAACUUGUACUCCAGGACCAAAGGACUACCGAGCGGGCGACGCGGUGUUUGCUUUCUCGGACGGAAGGAGACUCGCUAUCUCCAAUGUUGUUGUCUUUAUGUGGAUUCUUAAUGUAUUGUUUUGUCUUGUUUUUGUAAUAAAGCAUAUUUGCAAACCCAAAGACAAGUUGGGUGGACAAAAAGCAGUCGAACGUAAGACCAAUAAAAAAUGCAAGUGGAAAAUAUUGGAAUAAAUACAAUAAAAUGAAAAUAUACUUGUUUUUCAAUUAAAAAAUACGACUAUAAAAAAUAGAACCUACCAGAAAAUGUUUGAAUGCGAGACAAAAAAUUUGGACCAUUUAUUAAUGAUCAAUAUGUCAAAAUGA